UCAUGUCCUCGCCCAUGGCAAAGGCAGGCAUAUAAGAAGCCUUGCUCGAGUCGUCGUUCCUUAAUCACUCUCUUUAAUCAUGGUCAACUCGUUGAUUCUGGCUCUUGGAGCUGCCGGCGUGCAGUACAUUGGAGUCGCUGAUGCUCAGCUCAAUCUUCCCGUCGUUUCCACCAUCGUCGGCCCAAUUCUGUCUACCCCCAUUGUCUCCGAUGUCGUCUCUGUUGCCACUGGGCUUUUGGACGACCCGACUCCCACUCUCCCCGCUGUUGUUGCAACUCCCACCGACAUCCUUGGUGUCACCAGCGUUUUGCCGACUGAUGCUGGCUCUAUCGUGGGCGCCGCUACCUCUGACAUUGUGUCUAUCGUCAACAGUGUCUUGCCGACUGAUGCUGCCUCUGGAAUUGGUUCUAUCGUGGGCGCUGCUCCUUCCGACAUCGUUUCCAUCGCCACCAGCGUCGCCUCUGACGCCGAAUCCAUCGUCACUGGUCUGCCAGAUGCCGCCACCUCCCUUGUCGGAACUAUUGCAUCCGAACUGCCAGCCCAAGCCACAGACGCAGGUGCUAUCAUCUCAAGCAUUGAGUCCGUCGUGGCUGGCCUUCCCACAAAUGUUGUGCCUUCUAGCAUCGUCUCGGAAGUCAUUGCAACUCUGACUGGUCUUGCCUCCGACGGCGCAUUGCCCACCGAUAUCUCUGGAGCAAUCUCGAGCGCUUUGGACCCUCUGCCUACAUCGAUAAUUUCCAGCGUUCUCGGAGAUCUGCCUAUCAAUCUGCCCACGGGUCUGACGUCCCAAUUGCCGACAGCUAUCUUGACCUUGUUGCCGUCAAACGUAAUCUCGAGCGUUCUCGGAGAUCUGCCCACAUCGCUGGUUUCAAGCAUUCUCGGUGACGUGCCCAGCUCAAUCCCUACAGGAAUAUUGACCGAACUGCCCUCAGUGGUAGUGUCAAGCAUUCUCGGUGAUCUGCCGACUGCGGUGAUUUCGAGCGUGCUUGGUGAUUUGCCCACCGGAGUGAUUCCCUCAGGGGUGAUUCCUUCCGGAGUGAUUCCCUCAGGAAUCUUGACCGAACUGCCCACCAAUGUGAUUUCGAGCGUGUUGGGCAAUCUUCCUACAUCGCUGGUCUCGAGUAUACUUGGUGACGUGCCCAGUGUCAUUCCUACAGGAAUAUUGACCGAGCUGCCAAUUCCCGUCAUCUCCAGCAUCCUUGGAAACCUUCCCACGAACAUCUUGACUGCUCAGUCCUCCUCGAUUCUUCCCACGCCCGUCUUCACGACUGCUCUUCCGAGCUUGAUCUCGAGCAUCUUGACAGGUCUUCCUACAUCUGAUCUGCCCAGCGGCGUGGUUUCGAGCAUUCUCAGUGCCCUGCCCACUGAGGUCAUUCCCACGAAUGUGCCCGCAGAUAUCUCGAGCAUCUUGAGUGGCCUGCCCUCCGGCGUCGUUUCCAGUAUCAUCUCAGCCCUUCCUACAAACGUCUUGACUGCUCAGUCCUCCUCGGUUCUCCCUACCCCUGUCUUCUCAACUGCUCUGCCCUCGGGAAUCCUGACUGAACUUCCGUCAUCGGUCAUUUCUAGUAUUUUGAGCUCGCUGCCUACGAGCAUCUUGCCCACAGACGUUCUUCCCACUGCAAACCCUACAUCAGUAUUUUCCAGCCUGCCCUCAAGCGUGAUCUCGAGCAUCAUUAGCAAUCUUCCAUCAUCAAUUUUGUCCGAACUCUCAUCUGUCGCCUCGACUCAACGCGCAUCCAGCUCAUCAUCAGCUUCCAGAUCCAGCGCCACCUCAACCUCUUCGUCGCCUGCUCUCCCGACUGCCACGACUGUCAACGGUGUCACUUUCGGCAUCCAGUACAACACCAUAUACAUGGGAGUCACUCUCAACGUUGGACUCAAUCUGAUGAAGAGACAAGGUCAGACUUUCGCCGAUUGCUUGUCUGUUUGCUCCACAGAUGUCAACUGCAAGGGUACCUCGUUCGAUGAAAGCACCGCCACAUGCACUUUCUACAGCUGCGUCGAUCUUGAUUCAGAACGCGAAGACCUCGGCGUCACUUUUGCUCUGUUCGAGUCCAGUGUUGUUGAUGCUAGAGCUGGUGUCGCGUGUGGUGCCGAUGCCAUUCCAUCUUUGUCUCUUCCCGUCACUACCGGAAACGCAAUCGGCGGACUUCCCGGGAGCUCAGUCGUUGCUGGCAACCCGGCCAUUACUGGAGCCGCAGGCGCUGCUGCUGGCGGACAACUCACCACUUCCGUAUUCACUGUCACGGCCUGCCCUUCGACUGUCCUGAACUGCCCGGCUUCUGAAAAGCUGACCUACCUCACUACUGCCACUUUCGCCAACAACGGCGCCGCUGCGACUGGCCUCGUCACUUCAACACUUUACAGCACUUCCGUCCAGACCAUCAUCGGCUGCCCCCCUACUGUCACAGAUUGCCCUGCCAGGGAUAGAGUCACCUCGUUGACCAGUGUUGUGGUCGCUUACACUACCGUUUGUCCCGCUUCCGCCGCCGCUACUGGUGCUAUCGCAAGCGGCUCUUCCAACGGAAUGCCCGGAACCGGCUCUGGCUCAAAUUCCAACUCCGCUGUCACUGUCGUUGGUCAAAAUGCAGUCAACACUGUCUCCAUGCCGUCUUCCGGCUCGAACGUGCCCGUCGUAUCCGUCAUCAUCUAUUCCAGCAGUGGAAAGCUCUACACCACCACUACAACCUGCCCUGCCGCUAGCACCGUCAUCCCUGUCACCAACGGAAAUGUCGCAGUCGGUGGAUCCACAGGUGUCGCUACCGCCGUUGUCACGGUGCCUCAGGCAUCUGGCUCGCAAGUUCCCGGCGCCCAAGCUCCUGGAUCUCAAGGUCCCGGUUCUUCGCCCAGCGCCGGCGCACCCAGUGCCGGUGCACCCAACGCCGGACCCGGAACCAACGGCUACGUCGCAAUCAACAGCAACGCCGGCUCUUCCGGCUCUUCCGGCUCUUGCGCAACUUGUUCGACAAAGACUUCUUCCUCCGCCAGCGGAACCAGCUCUCCCAGUCUUGCAGUCUUCACUGGUGCUGCAACCAAGCCUGGUAUGUUCGUCGGUGGUAUGGCUGUUGUUUGUGGUAUCUUUGGUGCUUUCAUGGGCAUGUAAAGGUUUAUCUGAACAGAAGAGAUUGAGAGAGAGAG